CAUCUUUUUUUGAGAACAUCACACGAAUUCAGUCGAUUUGCCCAGAAACUGCAGAGUCACAGCGAUGAAGCACUUCAUGAAAUUGGUGGAGUGGUCCUAGCCGUCUCCAUAUUGGCAUUGGCGUUCUGGGAUACGAUUCUAUUGUGGUGUGCCUUUUUCUAUUACGGUUUGAGUGCGUUGACACGUGCACAUAACAGCGAUACAACAAAACUGCUCAUUCCAUGGUUUCAUGGCUUUUCGCAAAUCGCGAACACUGCUUCGAUUUGGUGUGUUGUCGCAAUAACGGUGCAGCGGUUUAUGGCCAGUCGAGAUCCGUUCCGAUGUUCCAGGCAGGUUUCUCACAAGUCAUGCUCUAUUGAAAUGAAGAAAGAAACCUCAGCAAAGGUUACUGAGGGUUUCGGAAAAGCACAAUGCAUAAUUGAAGUUGAUAUUUCCUUGCUCAAUGAUAGCUUGCUCAAUAAUUGA